CCUAGAAUUUACACAGUCCUGACAAACUGGUUAUGGGAAACUCAAUCCACAACCAAUUCGAACAUCAAUCUUCAAGCAAUUUCAAAUUCAUCGUCGUCCACAGAGACAAAGAUAUAGCCAACUAAACUGACCGAAUCUGGGAUGGUGAUUGUGCAGGGAAUGUUUGAGAUCUCGGAGCUGGCGGCUGGGAGCAUUGGCUGCGUGGGCCUCUUUAUGGCCGGUUGUAAUGCCCUGCCCAUGCAGCAUGUUCCCGAUCUUCCGGCGGCCCUGUUCGUCCUGUCGACGGUGUGUCUCUUGCACCAUCUUCGUGUGAUGAACUGGCCACCGCUGCAGGAGCUUUGGCGGCUUCUAUUGGAACUGCUGGCCUUCUACCUGGGCACCCAGAUCGUCGUGGUGCUCGUGUGGCAGCAGUUCCACAACCUGAUCGAUAUUCUGCGGGAUACGGCUCUCAACACGCGACUGGCCUUGAGUCUGCUGGAAAGCUAUCCCACUGUCUACAUAUUUAUGCGACAGGAUGUGUGCUACUUCGUGAAGCUCAUCGUAUCAUUGGCGUGCACCUACAAAGCAGUAAAAGUAACUCAUGCCUUGGAUUAUUUCUUACCGGCACGCAGAAUUUAUAGGUACUACGCAGAUCAAGCUGAAGUCGGGAUCUUUGCCGAAGCUGGUAGGAUCUCCCGGCAGUUACCAGUCUCCAAGGGUUCCUCCCGUCGCCCCCAGUCAAAGUAAACCAAAUCUCCCAGCCUAAUCAAUAUUUUCUAAUGCUUAAUCAACGGUCUAUGGCCAAACCACAAAAACACAAGGUGAAUGGCACGCCGGGUGCAGUGCACCCACCCGAAGGCCAGAUUCAAGAGCAGUUCACGCUUUCCAACAUAUUUGCAUGCUUGAAAGAGCAGAGCCAACACGUAGACACAAAACCCGCAACUUGUUUUCAAAAUUUCGCGCCAAUGGACAAUCGAUUAGUAGUAGUCGCUGGUGAGCCAUCUCUAACAGAAGAGAAGAUCGAGAGGAAGAAGAAGAGCACUGCAAUCGGACACAAACAAUAAAGAAAUUAAACAAUUAGCCAUAA